AAGAAACAAACAGAGCUAAUAUUCUCAAUGGGAAGUAAUCUUCUUUUGUUCAUUGCUUUAAUGCCUUUAGUUUCAAUUCAGAAGAUUUCUUCUGCACGGGAUGCCAUUAACUCCACUGAUUUCCUUAGAGACGGUGACACCAUUGUUUCUUCAGGUGGAGUCUUCGAGAUGGGAUUUUUUAGCCCAAACAAUUCAUUGAAUCGAUACGUUGGCAUAUGGUACAAGCAAUUGCCUAUUCGAACCGUAGUAUGGGUUGCCAAUAGAGAUGCUCCCAUCACCAAUAAAUAUUCAGUGGUCUUGCAGAUGUUCAAUCCAGGCGGGCUAGCUCUUGUUGGUGGUAACAAUUCCAUAUUUUGGCAUACUAACACUUCCAAUUUCGUCCAAAAUCCAGUUGCCAGAUUAUUAGAUUCUGGGAAUCUAGUGAUUACUGAUGCAAAUGAUAGUAAUCCAGAGAAUUUUCUGUGGCAAAGUUUUCAUCAUCCUACAGAUACUCUUUUGCCAGGCAUGAUGUUUGGAAAGAAUUUCCUUACUGGUAUUGAGAUUAUUCUAUCAUCAUGGAAGACAGAAAACAAUCCAGGCUCGGGGGAAUAUAAACUUCUGGUUGAACCUACAGGAUAUCCACAAGUGCUCAUAAAACGAGGCCGGGAGGAAGUGUUUCGGUCAGGACCAUGGAAUGGUCUGGAAUGGAACGGCUCACCAGGCAUGGAGAAGUUGGAAGAUAUGGCCGAAAUGGGUGCAAUUGCUAAUGCAACUGCCUUUUAUGCAUACUAUAAGGUUUUUAAAACCUCAAAGUUGAUAAGGUUAAUAAUAUCAACCUCUGGGAAUAUACAAUUCUAUUUAUGGGCAGAUGGUUCACAGGAAUGGAAAAUUGUGUUUACUGCACCAACAGACACUUGUGACAGAUAUGGAUAUUGUGGAGCUUAUAGUAUCUGUUACUAUGAUUACUACCCUGCUUGUGGAUGUUUGGACAAAUUUUUGCCUAAAAAUCCAGUAGAAUCCAAGUCUGAAUAUUUAGGAGCAGGAUGCGUUCGGAGGACACGCUUGAAUUGUCAAAAUGCAUCCUCUGAUGGAUUCAUUAAAUAUAGUGGUGUCAAGUUGCCAGAUACAAAGUUUUCCUGGUUCAACAGCAGUAUGAGCCUUCAAGAAUGUGAGCAAGUUUGCUUGAAGAAUUGCAACUGUACAGCUUAUUCAAAUAUGAAUAUAAGCAAUGGAGAAAAUAAUGGGUGUUUGCUUUGGUUCGGUGAUUUGAUUGACCUUAGACUGAUACCUGAGAAAGAGCAAGAUCUUUUCAUCAGGAUGGCUUCUUCUGAUUUAGAUUAUACUUCAAGCUCAAAGAGCAAGAAAUUUAAGAAACUAAAAGUGACUUCAUCAUUGUUGAUUGUACUGCUGGCUUUGAGCUUGACUAUGAUUAUGAUACUCUAUAAACGGAAAGGGAAGGUGAUGGAACCAAUUCAACCAGAGUUGUUAUUGGUAGAGGAUCAGACACUAUUUGAAGCAUCUACAAUUAUAAGAGCUACGGAUAAUUUUUCACUAAGGAACAAGAUUGGAGAGGGAGGAUAUGGACCUGUGUACAAGGGAGUUCUAGAUGAUGGUAGAGAAAUAGCUGUAAAACGGCUUUCAAAGAAUUCUAUGCAAGGGAUUGAAGAGUUCAAAAAUGAAGUCAAUUUUAUUGCCAAACUUCAACAUCGGAAUCUCGUGAGUCUUAUUGGAUGGUGUAUUAAAGGGGAAGAAAAGAUGUUGAUAUAUGAAUAUAUGCCAAACAAAAGUCUCGACUCAUUUAUAUUUGGUAUACUUAAAUCAUCUAUAACAUUGCUUAAUUGGACAAAACGGUUCAACAUUAUCAAUGGAAUUGCUAGAGGGCUUUUGUAUUUACACCAAGAUUCGCGAUUAAGAGUUAUUCAUAGAGAUCUCAAAGCUAGUAACAUUUUGUUGGAUAUUGACAUGAAUCCAAAGAUAUCAGACUUUGGCCUAGCUAGAAGCAUUGGAGGAAAUGAAUUUGGAGCAAAUACAAGCCGAGUAGCUGGAACACAUGGUUACAUGUCACCGGAGUAUGCAGGAAAUGGGAUGUUUUCUACUAAAUCAGAUGUCUUCAGCUUUGGUGUCUCAGUACUAGAAAUUGUGAGUGGAAAACGAAAUAGAGGAUUUUCUCACCAAGAAUACUAUGAGAACCUUCCUAGCUAUGCUUGGAAGCUUUAUAAAGAUGGUAGAUCAAUUGAACUACUAGAUGAGAAUUUGGUUGUAUCAUGCAAUUUGACUCAAGUUCUAAGAUCGAUUCAAGUUGGGUUAUUAUGUGUUCAACAACACCCAGAAGAUAGACCAAACAUGUAUUCCGUUGUUCAAAUGUUAUCCAGUGAUGCUGAAUUGCCCAUUGCUAAAGAGCCUGGGUUUUUUACCGGAAGGGCAAUUGAGACCCAAAGGAUGGCGGUUCUUGAUGCCAUCGACAUGGUCUUGGGUGGCAUGGUGACGAUGGAUGAUAGGAACUUUGAUGAACCAUUGUGUGUGUUUUACCGUAUUUGUGUAACUGUGGACAUAACGAAGUCGCUAAAAAAGGGCAUGAAGCUUAAGAUGGAUAACGGGGAUUGGGCCACGAUUGAUUUUUCUCUAUGA